UUUCAGCCAAACCUAGAGAUUUGUUCCUGAGGUGUCUGUGUUCCAGAAACAGUCUCCUUAUCCAGAGGUGGUGUGUCACGCUACAGGUUUCUUCCCCAAAGCAGUGAUGAUCACCUGGCAGAAGGACGGAGAGGACGUUCAUGAGGACGUGGAGCUCAGAGAGACAUUACCCAACCAGGAUGGAAGCUUCCAGAAGAGAAGCAUUCUGAAAGUCCCAGCUGAGGAGCUGCAGAAACACACCUACACCUGCGUGGUUCAGCACAGCAGCUUGGAGAAGGAGUUAGUGCGAGAAGUACCAAAAGGUGGAGGAUCGAUUGCUAUCAUCACUGCUGUAGUCGCGGCUCUCGUCGCUCUCGUCGCCGUUGUUGCUGGAAUUGUGGUCUGGAAGAAGAAGAACUCUGGUGAGAGGAGGAAGGAGACAGAUGGGAAGUUUUUUUAUGUAUUAUUUUUUAUGUGAUAUUGUCUGUCCAUC